UCCGGUGGAAGAAGGGGUACGCCUUGCGUGUCCCUGCGAAGGUUUUGUCAGAAUGGUGCUGAUGCACAUGUUAUUCGAGCAUGCGGCAGGCUAUGCUCUGUUGGCCGUCAAAGAGGUGGAGGAGAUCGGCAUGCUUUUGCCACAGGUCGAGGACAGCGUCCUAAAUAUCGCAAAGUUCAACAGUAUAGUAAGCCUUGCCGCUUUCUUCCCAUUCAAAUCGGCACAGGCGGCCCUGGAGAAUAUAAACGCAAUAUCUGAGGGUGUUGUUCAUGCUGACCUGAAGUUGUUCCUGGAGACAAACCUGCCUCAUGUUGGGAAGAAAAAAGGGGUGUUGGGGGUCUCUGAUGCCAAGAUUGGAGCAGCUCUGCAGGAGGAGCUUGGCCUCUCUAUCCAGACCGGUGGGGUUGUGGCUGAGAUACAGAGAGGUGUACGUCUGCACUUCCACUCACUGGUGAAGGGGCUGACAGCACAGGCUGCCUCAAAAGCCCAGCUUGGUCUGGGCCACAGCUAUUCGAGAGCCAAGGUCAAGUUCAAUGUCAAUCGGGUAGACAACAUGAUCAUCCAGUCCAUUGCUCUGCUUGACCAACUUGACAAGGACAUAAACACCUUCUCUAUGAGAGUACGAGAAUGGUAUGGCUACCACUUCCCAGAGCUGAUCAAGAUUGUGUCCGACAACUCUAUGUAUUGCCGCUUGGCCCAGCUGAUCGGCAACCGGAAGGAGCUGUCAGAAGAGAGUCUGGAAAGCUUGGAGGAGGUGGUGAUGGACAGUGCCAAGGCCCAGGCCAUUCUGGACGCUUCCCGCAGCUCAAUGGGCAUGGACAUCUCCCCCAUCGACCUGAUCAACAUAGAGAGGUUCUGUAGCCGUGUGGUGUCUCUGGCCUCUUACCGACUGGAGUUGCAGGAGUACCUGCGCUCUAAAAUGAGCCAGGUGGCCCCCAACCUGGCAGCCUUAAUUGGAGAAGUGGUGGGAGCUCGUCUCAUCUCCCAUGCUGGUAGUCUGACCAACCUGGCCAAGUACCCAGCCUCCACUGUGCAGAUCCUGGGAGCAGAGAAGGCCCUGUUCAGAGCCUUGAAGACUAGAGGCAACACCCCUAAGUAUGGCCUCAUCUUCCACUCCACAUUCAUUGGCCGUGCCGCUGCCAAGAACAAGGGCCGCAUCUCUAGAUACUUGGCCAAUAAGUGCACCAUUGCCUCACGCAUCGACUGUUUCUCUGAGUUGCCCACAAAUGUCUUUGGGGAAAAACUGCGUGACCAGGUGGAGGAGCGCCUGUCCUUUUAUCAAACUGGUGAAGUGCCACGGAAGAAUGUGGAUGUCAUGAAAGAGGCUGUGAAAGAGGCUUGUGAUGUCGCAGCUGAAAUGAAGCGGAAGCUGGAGAAAAAGGAGAAAAAACGUAAGAAGAGGGAAAAGAAGUUGAAGGAACUUGAAGCAAAUGGCGAGACCAACGGUGAAGCAGAGGUGAAGGAGGAGGAUGACGAAGUAGAGGUCAUUGUUAAGAAGAAAAAGAAAAAGAAGCAGGAAGUCGAGGAGGUCCAGGUAGAGGAGACUCCCGCUCCAGAGAUCAAAGCAGAAGAGACUGAAACUAAAACUAAGAAGAAAAAGAAAAAGCAGGCAGUCGAGGAGGUCCAGGAGACUCCUGCAGCAGAGAAUGACACUGUGACUAAGAAAAAGAAACGAAAGGCUGAGGUCGUGGAAAUGGAGGUGGCUGAAGAGACCGCUGAAACGCCUGUGUCUGAGAAGAAAAAGAAAAGAAAGAAAAGUGCUGAAUAGAGAAUUCAGUGGAAGAUUUAAGCUCAAGUAUAUGUACAGUUUUGUUUUUUUACACUUGGUGUAUAACUCCAACCAUAGUGGUUGAUGUCAACAUGUGGACUACUUUGUGUUCUCCUUCUAGAAACCUCAAAGCACCUUAAACUGAAAUGACAUUCAGAAGUGUGCCUUGAAGUUCAUGUAACUGCUUUUGAUGUAAAUAAAUGCCACUAUAUUGCCUUUUUUUUUUUGUUUUGCUUGUUUCUGCAAUAUUUUUUAGUAAAAGAACUUCCCUCAUUUUGUUUUUAACAUG